GGGAAAAUUAAUAGCGGUGUAGUUGGAUUUGUUAGAAAUUAAGUGGUGGGUUUUUAUUUAAAAAAGUUGUUGAGCUUUCCUUGGCGUUGUAGAAUUGAUGAAUAGAUUUGAAUGAAUACAGAUGCCAUAAUAUAUAAUUGAUGAAUGAAUGAUCCAUCCAUCAUCUCUUCUUUUAUCUACACAUAAAACACACACUCACACACACACCCCCCCGACUGUAUAAGCAAUGAAUGAAUUUAAGGCCUUCCUGCACUUAGUUUAAUUGCAAUAUUUACUCCAUUUUUCCUUUUUCUGCAACCCAUCUUGGGAUUUUUUCCAACAAUUAAUACAUUUCCUGCCCCUCCCAAUUUACACUCCUCUCCUCUCCCCCCAUCGUCUUCUUCAAUUCAAUUCAAUUCAACCCCAUUCAUUCAUUUCUCUCUUCCAAUCCAUUUGAUCAGUGUUAGUACUAUUUACUAUACUACUCACGCAUGAUCAACCCUUUUUUUUCUACAUUUUUUUUUAUUGUUCUCUCCUCUUAAUUUCCACCUCUUUCAAAGCUUUAAUUAAGCUUUUAAAUCAAUCCCCAACCUCUCUUGUUUUCUUCUCUUGCUUCCUCUUUAUAUAUAAUGCCCUUAACAAGUUCAUCACCUACAACUUCACUUCCAGCAUCCAUUUCGAAUUGGUGGUGAAACAAUUAGUAGUAAUAAUGGCCUUGUUCGUCCUGUAAAUCAACUGUAAAAAAGUAGUAUCCUGCAAGAAUCCCUUUCCUUCUUGACCAACCCUUUUCCAAUCCUGCUUCUCCAAGACUACCCUUUUGCCUUCCUCUGCUUCCAUUUCGUUUGCUCCAAUCUGAAAACUGCAAGAAACAAAAGGCGAAAUUUUUAAAAAGCAGGGAAAAACAGAGGAGGAAAACAGAGCAAUGAGUCGUAGGAAUGGAAGUGCUCCAAAACUGGAUUUGAAGCUGAAUUUAUCGCCGCCGAGGGGGAAUCUCCGAGUCCAAUCACCCAGCCGAUCGUCGACGGUUUCACCGACAUCGCCGCCGAGCUCAUGCCUGUCAUCGGAGCUGAACCAGGAAGACAACUAUGUGUUCUCAAACAGCCCGGACUCGACGGCAAUGAUAGUGGCCGGAUGCCCUCGCUGCCUCAUGUACAUCAUGCUCCCAGAGAAGGAUCCCCGGUGUCCCAAGUGCAAGAGCACCGUUCUUCUAGAAGUUUUCGGCGAGAACAACAAAAACGGCGGCGGCGACAGCACCGCCGCAUCCACCACCACCACCACCAGAAAACAGAGGAAGUAGAGUUUUUAGCCAAUUUACCGGCAAUCGAAUCAGGCAACUAGGAAUUUUUAUCAUUAGAAGCUGUUUUUCUUUUGUAAUGGGUUUUUUUCAAGUAGGACUAUUUCCCCUCCACUUUUUCAUUCCAUUUCAAGUCCAGAGGGAAAUUGAAAAAAUAAAAAACAAACACAAGAAAAGGUACAUUCAGACAUGUUUGCCUGAGAGAGAGUGGAGGUUGAAUAGUGGCUACUACUACUUUUUUUCCCCUUUAUUUUUAUUUUUAUUUAUUUUUUUGGGUUCUUUUCUACCUUUUGUAGCCAAAAAAUGAUUCAGGUAUUCUGGUAUAGCAGAAGCAGAUUUUUUUUUUUUUUUUUAGGUGCGGGGUUUCUAAGACGAUGUAAACUGGCUACAUAACUGCAGUAGAACACUAGAAAGUAGAACUGCCCAACUUCUGUCUCUGGGUAGAAAUUUGAAAAAAAAAAACAAAAAUCUAUUUUAGCUCUUUUAUUUUUUUUCCACAAGUGACCAAUUAUUAACCUCUGCAUGCAAAAUUAACAGCCAACCAGUUAACUUGUGCUGAUCAGUCGUCGAUCAGUUUGGGUGUUAGGGAAGAUCUUAACCCAAAAUUUUCUUUUCAAGAUUCUUUGUGACCAUACUUUUGUACUUGACAGCAGCAAUAAGGAAAAGCAGAGGUUUUUUCAUUUUUG